AUGCCAUCACUGGUCACUUCGAGGACAGGCUCACAUGCCUCAUCAAGCAGUGGAAGCACGAGUAGGCUGAACAAUGGGUUCUCGAGAGUGAACAGCUUCAAGAGGGAUUGGGGGAAUGAUGACGAGGAAGAAAAGACUUCGUUGAAAGGUUCUUCAGAGGUGAUAGAGGUGCUGGACUGGAGUCCGAGUCCAGACAGAGUAAAACGUAAAGGCAACCUACCACCCCUUCCUUCCAUCCCUCCUCAGCCGAAAUUCUCUUCCUCUUCCUCAUCAUCACCUAAAGCUUCGAUCUCUUCCUCUACCAUUUCCAAGUCAUCGGCUACUCUCAGCUCGAAGCCAGCUGUAGCUUCCACCUUCUAUAAUAUACCUGAAUUGACACCGGCGGAGAAACGAAGAAAAGCGAUCCUAGAAGCUAUGUCUCAAAAUACGACUUCCUCACAACCUCUUCCUCCAUCCGCUCGGAAACAAUCCGAAUCAUCCACUAUAACUUCCAAAUCAGAAAGUAGUACGCAGAACACAAUGAAGGGUAAAAUCAACCCGAAUGAAUUUGUCAGUGCGAGUUCGCAAUUGAGGGGAUUAGAGAAGCCAUCGGUCAAACAGGAAUUACCGUCAUUACCUAGUUUACCUAAAAGAGCUCUGCCGUGGGAAGAAGAACAUGCAACAUCCAAGAAAGCUAAAACUCGAACGGGUUCUGCUGGAAGAUCCGCUGGCUCAACUCUGAAUAUCAAGCAGAAAGUUACGCUGAGUGCGGAACAACAGAAAGUAAUGCAGUUGGUAGUAGCGGAAGGGAAGAAUAUAUUCUUCACUGGUUCAGCAGGUACCGGUAAAUCUGUCUUACUUAGGGAACUCAUCACGAAUCUUCGAAAGAAAUUUUCCAGCGCUCCGGACGCUGUAGCUAUCACCGCUUCUACUGGUAUAGCAGCGUGUAAUAUCGGUGGUGUAACUCUUCAUUCCUUUGGUGGUGUGGGAUUGGCAAUUGAGAAACCGGAUGUUUUAGUCGGGAAGCUGAAGAAGAACAAGAAGGCUGCUGCUAGAUGGCAGAGAACAAAGGUGUUGAUCAUCGAUGAGGUAUCAAUGGUGGAAGGACAGAUGUUCGAUAAAUUCUGCAAAGUCGCUCAGAUGAUUCGGAAGAACCCCAAACCCUGGGGAGGUAUACAAAUCGUUGUCACUGGAGAUUUCUUCCAGCUCCCGCCGGUCACCAAAGGUAAUUCCAUGCCGAAAUUCUGCUUCGAAGCGGAUAUGUGGAAUGAGACUAUACAUAUGAGUGUCAACUUAUCCAAGGUGUUCCGUCAGAAAGAUCCUCGAUUUAUCGAUAUGCUCAACGAAAUGCGGUUUGGUAAACUUACUCCUCAAUCGAUCCAAGCUUUCCGAAGCCUUGCCAGGGAAGUGCGUUAUGACGAUAAUAUCGAGCCGACCGAACUUUUCCCUCGACGAGAAGAUGUUGAUAGAGCGAAUGGCACUCGACUGAAUCAGCUCAAUACCGAUGGAUAUAGCUAUAUGUCGACUGACAGCGGUCAGAUAACCGAUCCUAUACAAAGGGAAAAACUGCUCAGCAACUUUAUGGCUCCAAAAUUCCUCGAAUUGAAAGUGGACGCUCAAGUGAUGUUGAUCAAGAAUAUGGAUGAAACGUUGGUUAACGGUUCGAUGGGAAGAGUGAUAGGAUUCUGUCACAAACAAUUUUAUAUGACUGAUUCUACGGGGAAAUGGGCGCCCGAUGCCGAUUUGGAAGAUCUGGAUGAAGAGGAAAGACACAAGAGAUUGAAGUUGCGACAGGCAUUCGAAGAUAAAGUCGCUUCCGGUGCUUUGAAACCUCCUCCGGUUGUUAGAUUCAACGUGCCAGGUGGAACGAGGGAUCUACUGGUUGAACCGGAUUCAUUCAAAGCUGAACUACCAAAUGGUGAAACUCAGGCAGCAAGGCACCAGCUCCCCUUGAUUUUAGCUUGGGCUAUGUCUAUCCAUAAAUCUCAAGGUCAAACUCUCGACCGAGUCAAAGUCGAUCUCGGCAAAGUAUUCGAAAAAGGUCAAGCAUAUGUUGCUCUUUCUCGAGCUACGUCUUUGGAGGGGCUGCAGGUAUUAGGUUUCAACCCCGACAAGGUUAUGGCUCAUCGAAAGGUCGCUGUAUGGUCAUCACAGCUGAAAGAUUUGAAUGUGUGA